CUUACUGACCCUUCACCAGGUCGGCGGCGUACGGGGAUCAUGACUUUCCGAAAGCUUGUCCAAAUUGGGCGGGUGGUGUACCUCAAUGAAGGUCGAUACAAGGGCAGACUGGCAGUAAUUGUUGACGUUAUCGAUGCCAAUAGGGCUCUGAUUGAUGGACCUUCCACCGGUGUCCCUCGCCAAGGGUUCAUGUUUUCUGAAAUGUUCCUCACAAAGUAUUUGCUAAAAAUAAACCGAAGCCAGAGAUCCAAGCUUGUGAGAAAGGCCUGGGACGAUGAAAAGAUUACCGAGAAGUUUGACGGUUCUGUGUGGAACAAGAACUUGAACAAGGAUGUCCUGCGGUCAAACAUGACUGACUUUGAUCGCUACAAGUUGGGAAGGGCAAGGCAGACAAGAAACAAGAUUGUCAAGACUGCUUACUUCCACAUCAAAAAACAAAACCUGAAGGCAAAGAGGGAAGUCGUCAAGGCCAAGAAAGCCAAAUAAACAAUUGCUGACUAAAUAAAGAAAUAUUGAUU